ACAACUUACUACACACCAAUCUACAAUACCUACUCUCAAAUUAAGCUAUCUCCGCCAUGGCUGCAAAUCUGUCGACACUCUCGCCGCCGGCCACCGGCGCCGCCGCCCUCAGCUCAUCCCAUCACGUCAAGGCGAUGGCGGCGACGUUCCUGCCGCCGAAAACAAUCAAGGGGCGGUUUCCGGCGACCGCUGCACCGCUUUCCCGGCGCAGCUCCCCCGUCAUGCGGCCUUUCGCGAUCACGACGCAGGAAGCAGCGGCGAAAGAAGUACUACACAACGUGGCGCCGUUCAUCGUGACGUACAAGGAUGGAAGCUUCGAGCGGCCGAGCCAGGUCGUGUUCCUCCCACCGUCGACGGAUCCGGUGACCGGAGUCGAGUCGAAGGACGUCGUGAUCCACCCGGAGAACAAAGUCACAGCGAGGAUAUUCUUGCCGCCGAACGCGAAGCCCGGGAGCAAGCUCCCGCUCUUCUUCUAUGCCCACGGCGGCGCGUUCGUGUCAGAGUCGCCGUUCUCCCACACCUACCACAGCUACGUCAACUCCGUCGUGAAGGAGGCCAACGCCGUCGGGGUUUCGAUCGACUACCGGCUGGCCCCGGAGGCCAUUCUCCCGGCCGCCUACGACGACACGUGGCACGCUCUCGAGUGGGUGUUCUCCCACGGCCCCGGCGGCAACGGCACCGAGCCGUGGCUCCGCGACUACGUUGACUUCAACAAAGUCUCGAUUAGCGGCGACAGCGCCGGCGGCAACAUCGCCUACAACAUGGCGGUCCGCGCCGGGGAGGAGCCGUCGAGCAAGGUGAAGCUCGACGGCGUGAUUUUGAAUUGCCCGCAUUUUUGGGGGAACGAGCCAUUGCCGUUCGAGGCGGCCAAUAAGGCGUACGCUGACUACAUGGGGCUAAUAUGGCUAGUGGCGUGGCCGGAUUGUCCCGGCGGUUGGGACCAUCCGGCGUCGAAUCCGACGAAGAAUCCGAAUUUGCACAAACUCGGGUGCAAGAGGAUAUAUAUCUAUGUCGCCGGGAACGACAUUCUCCGGGAGAGGGGGUUGGAGUUUGUCGAUUCUUUGAAAAAGGUCCGGUGGCCGGGGCAAGUGUACUUGUCGGACGUGCCCGGCGUCAACCACGUGUUCAACGUGAGCAACCACACGUUGCCGGAGUCGAAGGAGAUUAUGAAGAAAGUCGUCGCCUUCCUCCAUGGCGAAAAAUUAGAUUAGGCCGUGGUCGUGGUGGUGGUCAUGGUUGUCCGAGUGUCUUGUUAAUGGACACUCAGACUCAAGUUGCUUCUUCCUAUUGCUGUGUUUGCUUUCUUUGUGUUUGUUUCCUGAGGUUUCUCUCUUUUUCCAUUCAAUAAUUGAGAGUGUGGUUUGGUAAUUUGGGUUGGAAAUAAAUUGAAGGUUUGUGUUUUAAUAAAUGUAUCAUGGUAAAAAUGAUAAAAAAUAUCUUCUACAUUUACUCAA